UACUUCCACAGAUUAAUUAUUGCAGCGCGCACACACACGCUCACCACAAAAGAAGAUGGACACGAAGUUCGCCGGAAAGUCCAUCGCCGCCGUACACUCCGGCCUCACCGACAUCGAUCAGAUGGCGGAUACCCCAACCCGCCGCUCCCACCACCGCCGCGCCCAGUCAGAGACCUUCUUCCGGUUCCCCGACGACAUCCUCCUCGACGACGACGACUUCAACCUCGCCUCCCUCGACUUCCCUUCUCUCUCCUCCGACACCGAGACCACCACCGCCAUGGCCGUCGAUACCUCCUUCUAUGACUCCUCCUCCACCGUCCUAGACAACUCCAAGCCCACCACUGCCGCCGCGGCCAACCACCUCCGCAGCUUGUCCCUCGGCACAGACUUCUUUGAGGGGCUGGAGUUCAGCUCCGGCGGUGGCGGAGAGACGGAUAGAUUUGGGGGGAAGCCGCCGGCGGGGGGGCACCGUCACAGGCAUAGUAACUCGAUGGACGGUUCCACGUCGUCGUUUGAAGGGGAUUCGUCGAUGGAUGGAUUGAAGAAGGCUAUGGCACCUGAUCGACUCGCUGAGCUCGCUUUGCUCGAUCCCAAGAGAGCUAAGAGGAUUCUUGCAAAUAGACAAUCUGCAGCACGAUCAAAGGAGCGUAAAAUAAGGUAUACGGGUGAGCUGGAGAGGAAAGUGCAGACCCUUCAGACAGAAGCAACUACCUUAUCUGCACAGGUCACGAUGCUCCAGAGAGACACUACUGGAUUGACUGUUGAGAACAAGGAACUCAAACUGCGGUUACAGGCAAUGGAACAACAAGCACAUCUUCGAGAUGCUCUGAAUGAUACACUGAGGGAAGAAGUGCAGAGGCUUAAGAUAGCAACCGGUCAAAUCCCAACCGCCAACGGAAACCCCUUCAACAGAGGUUUACCGCCACAGUUCUCCUCCCACCCGCAGAUGUUUCAGCACUUCAGCAACAACCAAGCUCAGCAGCCCCAACAACAGCUUCACACGUCUCAAUCAAGGGCCAAUCACCAGAUGCCAAGUGCUCAGCCCCAGCCCAGCUUCUCCAACUUCAACCACAGAAUUCAGUGAUAUCCCAGAAAUCUGUUCGCGAUACAAUUCAGUGUUUACCAUUCUGUACAUAUGAAUAUGUGUUGCAGGUGUAGGUUGUGAAUGAGUGUUUACCAUUCAGUGUUUUGUAUCAGUUAUACACAUGUUGGGUUACGUAUUCCUAGGAUAGAAAUCAUGCUAUAGAGCUAUUGUGAGUGAAUGACUAUUGAGCUUUAAACUUAUAUUUGAAAUUUCUGGUAAAAAAAUGUUGUCUUAUUGAAUUAGAAUGAUCUUAGUAGAUCAUGGCUAAGGAAAUGUAUUCUUUAUCUGUAAUUAAGAUGACAAUAUAGGGACUAUGUAAUCUAACCACAGGGGUUUUUUUCAGUCGUUGAGAAAUAAUGAUGAAAAGACAUAUAACAACACCCUAAUAUUA